AUGGUGGAGGAGUUCCAUCAGGCCUAUCCCCAGGAGACUGCCUAUUUCCAUGCCAGCAUGCCAGAGGAAGACAAGACAAGGCAGGUGGAGAGCUUUGACCAAGGGCAGAAGCUCGUGCUCCUUGGGACAGCUGCCAUCGGGGAAGGAUAUGACUUUGCUCAUACUGCCAUGGUCAUUCACUGGGGGACCAGGUGGGGCAUCAGCCAGUUCCUUCAAGCUACAGGGCGUGCGGCGCGGGGUGCUGGGGAGAUUGGCUGGUCAUAUGCCAUCAUCCCCCCCCUCUCUCAGCCAUUCCCAGCGCCAGCGGGUCUGGAAGAACAGUUUUUCCAUGAGUAUCUGCAGGCACAGGUCUGCCGGCGGUCCCUAAUCAAUAGGGAAUUCAAUGGUCGGGCUACCCAGGGGUGUUUGGCGCAUGAGAAGGCAUGUGACCUGUGCCAGGCCCGGCAGGGAGAGCUCCACGCAGUUGCUACCCAGGCUAGGGCAGUCCUCAGGGAGGGUGAUGGCCUUAGGCGAAAGCUGACUGCCUAUGUGGAAUUUUUCCUUUUAAAAAUCCUAUAA